CGGGGUCCGCCCGAGCCCUUCCUCAGUUGCGCCAACCCCGGAAGCAGAGCGUCGGAGGGAGCUUACCGCGGGUCACGCAUGUCCGGGCGCCGAGCUUGCGGCAGUUUCUUCAGGCUGGCGGGCGAGUGGGGAAGCUUCUCAGGCAGGGCAGCCACAUCUGAGGACCAGAGCCAUGCUGAGGAGCCAGAGCCUGUGACCUUCUCCAUCUCCAUCUGGCUGAGGCCAGCCACCAUCCUCAGCAGCUGACAUCACGAGAAAGAUUUGGGGACCUUGGGGAAGUACCCAAGAGAUCCUUUCCCUGAGAUGUGGAACAUCGGGGCAGAAUGCUGAGGGCCCUCCUAUCUGGCCUGCGGUGGAGGGGAGGCAUUUGGGGCUGCACCUUCAGCUCACGGCAACCCCAUCUGCCUCCGGCUCGGUUGUUGAGUGCCACAGACCUGGUCAGCCACUGGACAGUAGUCUUUGAGAAAAGGGGCAUCCCUGAGGCCCGGGAAUCCAGUGAGUACAUCGUGGCUCAUGUCCUUGGAGCCAAAACAUUUCAGAGCCUGAGGCCAGGACUUUGGACCCAGCCCCUGACCCCUUGGCAGUUACAGUAUGUCCAGGAGCUGAGUAGCUACCGAUUGCAAAGGAUGCCUGUGCAGUACAUCCUUGGUGAGUGGGACUUUCAGGGCCUCAGCCUGAAGAUGGCACCCCCAGUGUUUAUCCCUCGGCCAGAAACGGAGGAGCUGGUUGAAUGGGUGCUGGAGGAGGUGACCCAAGGGCCCCGUGUGGUGGGAGCUCAAGGUGGCCCACUCAUCCUGGAGGUGGGCUGUGGAUCAGGAGCCAUUUCCCUCAGCCUGCUGAGCAAGCUCCCCCGGAGCCGAGUCAUUGCUGUGGACAAGGGAGAAGCCGCCAUCUGCCUGGCCCAUGAGAAUGCUCAGAGGCUUCGGUUGCAGGACAGGAUUCGGAUCAUCCCCUUCGAUGUGACCUUAGAUGGGAGCUGGGCACAUCUUCUACCCUGGGGCCCUGUGGACCUGGUCGUCAGCAACCCUCCCUACGUCUUCCACCGGGACAUGGAGAAGCUGGCCCCUGAGAUCCUCAGCUAUGAAGAUCCACUAGCCCUGGACGGUGGGGAGGAGGGCAUGGACAUCAUUACCCACAUCCUGGCCCUGGCACCUCGGCUCCUGAAGGACUCUGGAAGCAUCUUCUUGGAAGUGGACCCAAGACAUCCAGAGCUCGUCGGCAGCUGGCUUCAGAGCCAGCCUGACCUGUCCCUCAAUCUUGUGGCUGUGCGCAGGGACUUCUGUGGGAGGCCCCGGUUCCUACAUAUCAGGAGGUGUGGGCCACAGCAUGGUUGCCCUGUGGAUGCCUGGCCAGGGCCCCAACCUGCCAGAGUGCCUGGCUGACAUUUCUACCUGGAAUGCUACUUGGAGGGAGGUGGAUGGUGCCUUCCAGAACCCCAGAUGUUUGUGGCAUUUCCCAUGGCUCUGUGAUUCUCCAUGCUCUACAUUUCUAGGAGACUUGGGAGUAGGCACGAGGGCAGGGGUGUCCUUCCUGGGCCAGCAAAGAGCAAGAGCACCCACAAUCCAGCUUAGGAGCUCAGCAGACUGGAUUCCCAGUCUGGCCCCAUCGGGUCAGUGUAGCCAAGGCAGGUUGCUUUGUCUCUGUGGGUGGAAUUGCUCUAGGGAUGUUGGGAGAUACGGCCAAUAAAGUGGCGAGAGACCAGCAAGUGGUGACCUAAUGUUUUGUUAUUGUGAUUUGUGGGUCCCCUGACCCCUUGCCCUUAGGCAGUGCUGGGGGUAAGAGCUUCCUUCUGAGUUUGCAGGGCUGGCUGGCAGGCCCCAGCUGGUGGUUUGGGGAGCAGUGUAGAGAAAGGCACAUGGUUGCUCCUUCUGGCCUUGGAAGCCAAGGUACUUGGCACUGAUCAGCUCCCUCACAAGGGCUGGCGUAGCACUCAACACACGCCCCUAACUGGGCCUAAGCUCUGAGCGCAGGAACAUCGUCUGAGCUUGAGCUUGGGGAUGGCAGCCUACUUCCUGGUGGGGAUGGGGCUGAGGGGCCUUGCACAGUUCUGGGGUCACAUGUCCACGUUCAUUUAAGUGAAAGCUUGAGCCAGUGAGGGGUGAACAGGGCUUGUGUUUACUUUUUAUUCCCAUAGUUUUGAGCUAAAACAUUCCUUCCAAGCCUUGGGGUUUCUGAAAACCCAUCUGUCCCUGGUAGGAGCUGGGGAGAGUGAGAAGCUGAGACAGAGUGGGCACCAGGUUUUGACCUCUACCCUAGCUCUGGUCUGCAGGCUGGUGGCUGCCGGGAGGCCCAAAGGCCCUUCUGUCCACAGAGACAGGAAACCUCCAGGUUGGCAGGUGCUGGUGUUAGCCUGCAUCAGGGUGGGUCUCAAGGAACAUGGCAGACUAGGCUGACUCAUGCUGUUGGUCUCCCCUCCCAUCCCCCCAACCCAGCACUUUCAGAGGCCUGACCUGGUGAUGCAGUGGCCAGAGGCAGUGUGUGGUAGACAGCAUCCUCUGAUGGAGCCAGGAUGCUGGGUUCUAGAGCUGUAUCUUGCAGUGGGACCUUGGGCAGCUCCCUUCCCUGUGAGAAGCUGGCUUUUCUGGCUCCAAGGCCAGUGCAAGAUGGCAGCCUCAUUUUAAUCUCAGUCAGUCAGGUAAAGUAUGUAGCUGGUAUUCAAGGGCCCACUCCCCAGGCAGGGACUCCACAACAGAAGACAUGGCCUGCCUGAGGUCCCAUGAUGGGAGGAGGCCAAAUGGAGAUAGGAAGUUAGGUCCCUGCCUUGGGAGAGUCUAUUGCUGGAGUUAUACCUGGCCUGAGCUACUCCCUCGCUGUGUUUGGGGGUUGUAUUUGCCUUAGCAGAGGCCACAUUGCAGUUCCCAGGGCUACCGUAUCCUGCUCCUUGCCCAGACCCAGCUGCAUGGACCUCAAGCCGCCCAUGGCUUCCUUUGAGGAGGAGCCAGGGACUCCCAGCCAUGGCUGUUCCAAAAGGAACCUGGAAAGGCGGCGUGGGCUUUCAGAGCCCCCGUUUGCUCUCAGAUCUUGGCCUGCCUCACCAGUAUUGCCCUUCCUCUCCUACCUGUGUCCUUGGGCUCUUGCUCUCUUCACAGCAUCUCAGGGUAGCUGCCUUGACCUAGCAGUCUGUUGCCUCCUUGUCCCACACCUCAACCACUGAUGGCUUCCCUGAUGGUCUCACCCUCCUGGCUUCAGGCCUUGGCAAGCAUGUGGAUAUGGCUCCCCAAGAGUACAUAAUAAUGGGGAGUGACAGUGUAGGCAUAGUUGGGGUCACUGAAGCAGGAGGCACCCUUGGGGACAACUUCCUCCCAUGAGGCCUGACUCCCCUGAGAAAGAGGUGCAGACCAAGUGGACUGGCAGGGCCGGGCUUCAAGCCUGCAGCCACUGGCUUGACUGGGGCUUGGACGUUAAGCUCCAGUGUUGAGGCUACACCAGCCUGGGUGCAGAUCCUGGCAUCUGCCCCUCACUAGGGUAUGUCCUUGGGUAGAUGACUUCAACUCUGUCAGCCUUGGCUUUUAAGUCUGAGAAAUGGGACCAAGUGCUUUCUUUAUCUUAAUAUGAUGAUUUUGAAGGGACCAUGGUUUGCACCUUUCAUGGGGCACUGUGAACGUUUUCACUGCUUGCCUUGGAGGGCAGACAUAAGGAGGAUGCUGUACCCUCGUGUGUGUCUUGUGGUUGGCACCAACACGAGUCAGGCAGAGACAUGGCAGUCUGGAAAAAAGGGAAGGCAGGGAUUUCAAUCUUGGGCUCUUGACUUCUCUCUGCCCUCUGGAGAUGGAGCCACCAAGAGGCUGGUAGCCUGGCAGCCAGAUCUCCCCUCAGUCCCUCCUUUCCCUCUUCACCAGGGCCUGAGUGCCCCAAGGUCCAGGCCAGAGCAGCCUGUGGCUCCAGCCCAGGGAAAGCCAGUCUCACCUGCCCUGUCUCCUCCCUCCUUACUGGGGCUGGAGCAGAGAUGAGCUGCCUCCUUUAGCAUGUGUCAUGGAGCCCAGGAGACAGAACAGCAGGAGGAUGUGGGGCUGAUGGUGGAGUCCAGGCUCUACAGGCCCUUGAGGUCUUGAGGGAUGUGCCUGAUGUCCACCCAGCCUCUGUCAGCUGGAGCCCCAAGCGUGGGCAAAGGGUGUAGGAGUCCCUGAUUGAUGUACUCUGGAAGAGCAAUUACAUCUCUUCUGACAGUUGAGGAAACUGACACUUUGCCUCAAGUUGUAUGCUUUUCCCAGCUGCCCAUGGCUCUUUCCAUGGGGCCCAUCUAGCUGCUUUAUUGACAUGUACCCUUUCUGUUCUCCCCUAACCCCACCUGGACCCUGGGCCAUUAACUUCUCCCAAUUCCUGCUCUAAACGCUUGGCUGGCUCCCCAUGACCUGAAUGUGGUCUCCGUGUCCUGCAGAGUCCAGAUCUGAAGAGGUAGGGGAGGAUGACUAUGGGAAGGGUCUUGGGGAGCCCUCCCAAAGCCUCAUCAGUACUCUGAGUAAGCUUCCAUCAGAGCAAAGUAUUCCACUGCUGACUGGCUUUGAGAACUGCUUUAACCUACGUAGGCCAGCAUGUCCCUCCCUGUCCAUCUUUGGAUUCUUUCUUCCACUGCCCUAUACUCCAGCUUCCCUGCAGAGCUAUCCAUUCCUCAAACACCCCUCCUUCCCUUUGACCAGGCUGUGCAUUCAUCAGAAAUGCUCUUGCCCACCACUUCUAGUCCAGAUAAUCCUCUCCUUCAGGCUCCAACACAAAUGCUCUCUCCUCUGGACCACCCAUCUGACCUCUGGGUUCUCCCCACCAGACCCUAGCCCACUUCUUCCAGUAGCAAUGACAUUCUGUCUCAUGCAUUUGGAAGCCUUCCUGUCUCUGUCUUCUCUCUGGGGUCCCAUGUGGGUCUAGCAUACACUAAGCUCAGUAAAUGUCCACCAGUAAGCCAACAGUGUAUGCGUUUCCUAGAAUGGAGCUGGAAUUUCCCAUGUGGCUCAUAUCGUACCUGACAGCAGCUCUCACAUAUUCUGGUCAGCAGGGAGAAGAAGCUACGAGGGCUUAGCCUCCCACCCGAGCCAGGCAGCAGUUCAAGUUGAGCCAUAGCCACUUCUUGGGCUACAGUGCACCUGAUCUCUGCACAGUGGCCACACCGAGUACAGGCCGUCCUUUCUGCAGCAGAGGCAGGCGCCAGGUUUCCUGGAGCUCUGGGCCCCGGCCAGCCCCCAGCCAGCCCCCAGCCAGCAUUGGCCAGAACAGCAGCCUGAUCCCCCCUCAUGACCCCCCAGUCCUAGGACAGGCCAUCUGGGCGGGGAUUGGGACUGGUAAAGCAAUCUUCUCCCUCCUGUAGUAGGCAGAAUAAUGGCCCCAAAGAUGCCCAUGUCCUAAUCCCAUAAACCCCCAGUCCUAGGACAGGCCAUCUGGGCAGGGAUUGGGACUGGUAAAGCAAUCUUCUCCCUCCUGUAGUAGGCAGAAUAAUGGCCCCAAAGAUGCCCAUGUCCUAAUCCCAUAAACCUGUGAAUUUGUUACCUUACAUGGCAAAAGGAACUUUGCAGAUUUAGGGAUUUUGAGAUGGAAAGAUUAUCCUGGGUUAUUCAGGUGGGCUCAAUAUAAUCACAGGGGUCCUUAUGAGAGGGAGGCAGGAGUGUCAGAGAAGGGGAUGUGAUGGUGGAAGCAGAGGUCAAAGCGAUGCCAUUGCUGGAGGAAGGACCAUGAGCCACGGAAUACAGAUGGCCUCUAGAAGCUGGAAGAGGCAAGGGAAUGGAUUCUUCCCUAGAGCCUUAAGAAAGAAUGCCAGCUUGCCAAUAUCUUGAUUUUAGCCUCUUAAAACUGAUUUUGGAUUUCUGACUUCCAGAACUGUAAGAUGAUACAUUUGUUUUGUUUAAAAACACUAAAUUUGUGGUCAUUUUGUUGUAGCAGCAAUAGGAUACUAUUAUGGAUUUUGGUACCCGACGUGAAGUGCUGCUCUAACAAAUACCUAAAAAUGGAAGUGGCUUUGGAAUUGGAAUUUGGAAAUAGGCAGAGAUUGAAAGAUUUUGAGGUGCAUGAUAGAUUGCUUUGAACACUUUUCCUCUGAGCAGUGAGGUGGGUGGGGAUGGGGGUGGGAAACCCUUCACAACCUGGAGACCUGAGCUGCCCAGGCUCCCUAGAGCUGACCCUUUCUUGGAGUGAGAGACUAGAAGACUGCCCAGCGUGGGACCCAGAGAAGCUGGCCCAGGCACUGGGAGCUGUGGGGAAUGGAACUGGGAUCAGGGGGAGAGAGCAAAGCUGGCCUCCAUGGUCUAUCUCCAGUGGUAUGGGGGCCACCCAGGCCCUCAGAGGGACCUCAGAGACUGGAUCCGAGCCUGGUCCUGACUCCCAUGGAGUCACGUGCCUGACCCAGCACCCCUGGAGUGUGUGAUAAUGAACAGGGUGUGAGGGUGAGCAGGUACUGUGCCUGAAAUGAGUGCAGCAGCCCCUGACUCCAAGGUGAUCCCUCCAUGUAAGCCAUGGAGGUUUGGCUCCUUCCAGCCCCCAGGCAGUGCCCAGCUCCUGCUACAAGCCUGUGCUGGGCUGUGUGGCUGGGCUAGAAGUGGGUCAUUCCUAGGAUUCUCAGCUUCAUGAUCCCCAGAGCUGAAGUGGCUACCUGGAACCUUCAACCCUAUCCCUGAUGUCAGCCACAUUAGCCCAACUACAGCCUUGGGUGUGCGGACAGAUCUGGGUCUCAUUUGAAGCCCUGAUGGUAGUUGUGAGGAGAGCAGGGGUUCCUCUUUUCUUCCCUCCCUGAGAGAACUGGUUAUGCACCCUGCCAAGGAACCUUUAGCAUCUUUGGCCUCAUAACCAGGAAUCCGAUGUGUAAGAGCUUCAAAUUCUGGGACCACUCCCCUUCCAAGACACUCCUGUCAAUCAUCCUAUAGGGAAACAGUGGGGAAAAGCCAAUUUUACAGUUCACAGAGUAGGAGAGGCAAGGGAAGCUUACGUCAGCCUCACUGGGAGCCCUGGACUGAGCUGGCUUCCACCUGGCCUUGACCAUGACUGAGCGGAGAGGUGAGGUGGCUCAGAGCAGCUCUGCCCAGCGGAAGGCAGGCCUUGUCUGGUCGCUCCUUCUCAGAGGCUGGGGUCUCUCUCAGAGACUUCGCUUUUCAGAGCGAGGGAUUCCACUGUAUUGCCCCCUGCUAUGCUGGGUCUAUAGCCCUCUCCUGGGACAUGCAUCUAGGGGAAUGGAGGGGUCAGGUCUCCCAGCCUACUGAGCCCCAGGAGCAGAUUAUUGGGACUUGAAGCACCCAUAGAGAUCCUUGUGUGCAAAUGAGAACAUUAAGGCUCAGCAGGCCAGGGCUGGGGCUCAAACCCAGGUCUCUUCUCUGCCUCCCAGCCUCCAGCCCUUUAUCAGCUGCAGACCCCCAACCUGCCUUGCUUUCCAGGUAUAGUCUUGUCUGCCAUUCCUGGGAGUCAGUGUGAGGCCAAGCUACGUGGGCGAGUAGAGUGAACCCCGAGCUAGAGCUGCUUGGGCCUUGUUUGCCCUUAGACCUUGCAGCUGAGUGAAGUAUCUGGGCAGCCCCCUGGGCCUUCCUCCUCCUCCUCCAUCUCCUUGCCAUCAUUUCUUGAGCUCCUGCUGGGCACUAGGCCCCAAGCAGCUGCUUUACAUUUAUUGGUGUUAAUCCUCACACAACCCCACAGACUGGGUUUUUAAUCAUCUCCGUGAUGAGGAAACCAAGGCUCAGCAGGGUGCAGUCACGGAUCAGGUCUCACCGCUGGAUUGGAAGGGAGGGUGAGGCCACCAUUGGUGCCCAUUUGACUGGUCAGAGACUGAGGUCAGCAUAGCUAGGUCCUGGGCUGCCCCCUGCAGAGCUUAGUGCAGCGGUCCACCUGGGCCUGUGGAUCCUCAGAGCAGGAACAGGGGUUGCCAGGGUUGUUCCCAGCGGGCUUUCCAGAAGCCCAGUGCCUACCCUGGUGGGCCCUUCUCCUGGGGUGUGUGCAGCAUAGGCUCAGGCCUGUGUCUCCCAAGCCCUACUAUGUGCCAGGCCCCGGGGAGAUGAUACCAGUCAGAAGAGCUUGUAAAAUUUGGAGACUGAAUGGUGCACCCUGAACCAAGUGCUUCUGGGAUUAUCUUAUUCACUCUCAAGACAUCCCAUAAGGCAAAGUCAGUGAACCCUCCCAUUUUACAGACGAGGAAACUAAAACUGGGAAAGGCUAAGGAACCUGCUUAUAUGCUGGCUGAACUGGGAUUCCAGUGCAAGCCUAAUGACCCAGGGCCUGAGGCCUUGGUCAUCACACCUGGCUUGAAGAGGGUAGGGUGCAGGACAGGGAUAGAGCAGGCCCAGAGUGAGGACAGUCCGGGCAAAAGCCUGGAUGCCUGAAGGCACGUGGAGAGGACUAUGUUGUGGUGACGUGGUGGUGGGUGCCUUUGGUUGAGCUCUGAAUGCAUUUCUGGGUACCAGAGCCUAAUUUAAGGGUCUCAGGGUGAGUUACAAGGUCAGGUAGGCAUUGAGGAUAUUCUCUAGCUGCCAGGAAGAGGGGACUGGGGCAGGAGGCGGCAACUGGGCCAGGAUCUAGAGGCCGCUGGGGGCUAUAGCAGUGGCAUAUAGCAACAGGCCUUCUGGAAGAGAACCAACUCACAUCCAUUGCUGAGGGAUUGGAUGUAGGGUGGGGGGUGGCCAGGACCACGAUAGGGCCCAGGGCUCUGACUGGAACCUGGGGGCCCUGGAGCCACCCUGAACUGGGCACUGGGGUACUAGGGACAGACAGCUUGAGAGAGUGGGGUGCCCUCAGGCCAUCCCAUAGGCAGUGUCAGGGGCAGUGGGCAGGGGUGUCUGGAGAUCCAAAUGUGACCAUGUGGGGACAUAACCUAGAGGCAGCCCUUUAGAUGGAAUUGUGAAGACCACCCUCCCAGGCCUGAGCUCUGUCAACAACAGUAACUGGGCAUCUCCAUGUGUAAUGGUGCCCCGUGCCGCACACACUUUAUCAUAAAUCCUCUGUCUGCACAUGAGGGGAGCCUUCCUUGGCCCACUAGACAGAUGAAGCAACUGAGACUUAACCGGUGCAACAUCACACAAGCAGGAAGUAGCCAUGCUGGGCUUUGAACCCAGUCCUCUGACAUCCCAGCUGGAAGGGGAGUGAGCAGGCCACAGAGGCCAGCUGCAGCCCGGGGCCCGGAUACCCAGCUGGGGUGCCCCCAGGGCUGACAUGGGCUUCCAGGGCAAAGAGGAAAGUGGUGAGUCAAACAGAAAGCACCAGAUGUGGAGUGAGCUUCCUCCCCUCCCAGCUGCCCCUGGUGCCAAACUUUCAAACCCCACAGCAGAGGAGCGCAUGGGGGAGGGGAGGGCAGUGAAAGUGGCUGCUGCUGAAAGGAGGCUCUGAUGUACUCCGGAUGUGGGGUGGGACUGACAGACACCCAGACUCUGGUUCCCUGCUGACAGGUGGGUGAGGAAAGUGAGUCCCCUCGCAGCAUAAGGAAGUGUAAAGCCUGCCAUAUCAGGCGGAACGUUUCAGGUCCCCAGGCCUGGGAGGUUCUGGGACAGGGUGCAGGUGGAUGUGCCUAAAACCCUUCUUGAAGGCAUUCCCACAGCUCAAGAACUGACCAGGGCUCCCCACUCUCUCUGCUUACACAGAAAUCCUCUGUCUCUUGUCAUUCUGCCCAGCCCUCCUGCCCAGAGCCCUAGAGCUGUAGAGUUUGUUCUUUCAAACCAAGUUUCACGUGGAACUCAACUAUGUAGUUUUUAAAAGAUAAAAGCAUCAUUUUAAACAUAAAUGUAUUUUAUAAGUUCAAAUUCUCAACACUUUCUUAGCAUUAAGUCCAUCAAGGUGAACAGCGAUGAGCACUGACGUUUGAACUGGGGGCUAGGAUGGGAGUUGCAGUCUUAUGUCAGCCUCAGCGUUCAGUGUCUUUUCAGUGUUUGGUUUUGGUGGCACAGGACCAAAUGACCCCACCAAGUGAUUCUCACAGAUAAGUGGUUACAAAUGGUAGCAUGUUUCUGAAGGGCCCCUUGCAGUCUCUUUCAUUUGCAGGGGCAGCAGGAGAAGGCUCAUGUCCAGCUCAGCCCAAACCUGGGUCUCUGGACACAUGGGUAGGAUUCUAACGUAUCAUAGUUUGGUGUUGUGCCCAUUUGAGUGUGUGUGUGCUUUUUAAAACUGGGCUUUUUCCAAUAGUUAAAAAUAUGAACGAAAGAGAGAAAGAGGGGGAAAAAAAGGAAAGGAGGACGGGAAGGGAGGGCAAGGAGAAAGAAGGAACUCACGUGGGGCAUCUGAGGAUGCCUUCACUCAGGUUCUUGGUGAGGGCAGCCUCUGUCUCUCCUGGGAAGCCCACCCUGACUGCUCCGCCCCUACCUGUCCAGGAGGUUCCAGUGCCUCCUCUCAUUCAGCAUCUGUCUCAGCAAGUGAAUCUGGGCCACAUACUUCUGAAAAGUCUCAGGAGUCCACGACUCCCUCCUGGCUCUGGUGUGGACUUUCCACUCAGUCCCUGGUUCUGGGGCAGGGAAGAAUGUCCCAAGGAGGGGACAGGGACUAGGGGCUUCCCCAGGCCCUAUGUGGGAUCUCCAGGGGUGGGAGGACUGGGGAACCCAGUGCCCCUGAGAGCCUGGGGUUUCUGUACCUUCAUUUCUGGGAACUUGCUAUACUUUAGGAAGAGAGAAAUGAGAAGCAAAACCCUAGGGCCCCAGCACCACCAACCCCCCUUCCUGUCUUCCUUCCGCUGAGUCAUAGCCAAGAGCCCAGCACCUCUGCCUCCUUUGGGGCCAUCUGGGUGGGGUGGAAUUCAGAGUCGUGUGAGGACACAGCAUCUGGACAAGUCCUCUUUUCCUGCCAAUAUCUGUGAGGGACCCAGACUUGCUGAGGCCUGAAGCUACCUCCGAAGUUCGGAGAAUGGGUGACUGAGGUCCUUAGUGUCCUGUCUCUCCCCCAUUCCCAGCCCCACUGUUCACCUGCAAGCACUGAGCACCAACUGUAAGCCAGGUAGGGUGGUUCAGAUGGGGCCCUGUCCUUGAGGAACUCAUGGAUUUGGACAUGGACGACUCCUGACAGGCCCCUCAUGACUGGCUGGGUCCUUAGGCUUGCUCUGGUCUGCAGUAGGGAGGCAGGCCACAUCACACAUGCCCAUCAUAGAGACCUGCACACCCCUACACAGGUACCCAUAGAUAUGUGCAUGUGCACAGGUGUGGGACUUGAGCAUGUGGGUCCAUGUCCAUGAUCACAGGUGUGUCCACGCAGGGCUUCCAUUGGAUGGGGGAGCUCCAGGCUCUGGGAACCAGUUCAGGACCUUGUGUGUGUGGCCUCUGUGAGAGGCCCCAGGUUGCUGAGGGCCGAGGCUGCCUUCCAUACUUGGAGAAGGGGCGACUGAGGUUCUUAAGAGGUAUCACCCUGUCUUGGAGGCCCAGCUACUGUCUCUGAGUUAUGGGAGCCCAUGGGAGCUUGAGUACUGUGCCCCCAUUUCAUGGAAAAGAAAGCUGAAGCCCAGAGAGGGCCCAUGACUUGCCCAGGGUAACACAGCAAGUUAGGGGAGAUCUGGGAGGGGAAUGGGCCAGACCUGGGCACCUGUCCACAUCCCUGACCUUUCUGGCCUGGCAUUUGGGGCUUGGCAAUCCCUGAUGACCACACUGCAUCAAACUCUGGGUUGAUUCUCCCAGAAAACCCACCUAGGGACCAACCACAGGGUCCUCCCAAGCCUUGCCAUUCCUAGGAAUUUCCCCCACACUACACCUUUGCUUGGGCUGUCCUAGCUGUCUGGAAUGCCCUCUCUCUCUCAAUCAAUCUCUGUCUAUCUCUCUCUGAUUCUGGAAAUAAAAUCCAAACUUCCAAAUUCUGUUUAAAUGGUUUCUAUACCUUCUUUGACCCCCUGGAACUUUCCCCUGCCUCUAGCCUCCCUCAGCCUCUGUCCCCCUCACUCCCACCCAUUUUGCACCCACCUACUAAACAUAAAAUUGACCCCUAGAGCCCUAGGCUGGGUGUGAAGGGUCCUUUGAGGCUGAGACAGUGAAAGCCACACUCAGGUCAGCCCAGCCCUCCAGACUUUGCCAGGCACUGGGGUGGGCCCUGGAGCUAGGAGAGGAAACCGCACCUCUGCUAGGCCUCACCAUCUGCCCCCAACUCUGCUCCUUCCCUGAAGGCCCAGAAGCCUAGAGCACUGUACUCUAGGCAAGAUUGAUCCCUCGGAGUUUACCAUUCCAGAUUUUGUUUAUUCCCCCACACCCUGAGUACCCCUCAACUGGGGGCUAGGCCUGUGUUUGGUGGGGUGGAGGGUGGGGGUUGAACAAAGAGUAGAGAAGCUUCAGAUUUGUUGGGUGCCGCCCUUUCAUUAAAUGGCCCUGAACAGAGCUGUCUGCUCCUUUCCAGAGCUCUUCCCUUCCACUUGGUCUCAGGAGGUGGGCAGGGAGUCUGCCUUUGCCCCAUGAGGCAGUGAGCCCCAUCACUGCCUGGCUAUCCCCUCACUCCCCUACACCCCUAACUGGGAGCCUAAGAUUAAUUGUCAGGCCUACCCUUGGUGCUAGAGUAUGAAGGAAAAAUUGACAGACACUGCCCAUAAGGAGUUCAUAGCCUAGUGGAGGACAGAGGCAAGUAAACAGGUCCUUAUCCUUGGCCCAUGUGGCAUGCAUUUGAUCACUGUCUGCUCGGCACUGUGCCAGGCACUGGCCGUGGGCAGUAUUCAGAUAAGGCCCCGCUUGCAUGGGGCAUAUCCCUUCCCACUCAGGUUUCCACACAGCAGUUACAGUGCUCAGCUUGAGGCUUUCUCUAUGGCAGAGGCCAGCUUGGUAGGUGAAAAUAGGCAGGGAGUUCACCCCCUGGAGCAGCCCUAAGCCAGUGACUAGUGGGAGUUGGUGGAUACACAUCCCAGCUUCCUUACCUCUCAGGUAGGACAACCCUGAUGUGCGUUCUACACUCUCUCUCAACCGAGGACUGACCUCAGUUGCCCAGAGAGAGAGCACACUCAUUAACACACCUGCUUCGGCUUCCUUUCCUUCCCUGUCUCACUU